AUGACCAUACACUCGUCCCGACAGCAGCUUCGACUUAAUUGCACUCCCUCGGACUUGGGAGUCGGUGUUCGAGUACCACACCGCCAGCCUCGCUCCGGCCGGGCCGGGAUGGAGAAAGACAAGCCUCCCCGCCCGCGGAACGGCUUGGUGGGCAUGCUCUACGGGGAGUUCACGGACACGCUCGACGACAAGGUCCGGUACUCGGUGAGCCUGACGGAGGGCGCCCUGACCGUCCAGAGGAUCUCGUCGUCCCCCGGCAGGACGAAGGUGGUCUUUAACCUGGCGGACUGCGUCGGUUGCCGGGCGCAGCGAGCGCCGGACAGCGCGGACGCGGGCGCCUACUUCCGCGCCUAUUUCUACCCGUUCAAGCGGCGCUGGAUGAGCGCCGGCGUGGCCCGGCAGCGGGUGGAGCAGUGCUUCAGGGUGGCGCUGGUCCAGGACGCCGCGGCCAACCUGCGGGAGGCGGAGAGGUGGGCGCGCGCCAUCAGGGACGCCGCGGUGCUCCAGGCGCCUCGGAGAGAUGGUGUCACGCUUUGGGAGGUGCGACGGCCUUGCAGAGUCAUGAUCCUGGUGAACCCUCACAGUGGGCGUGGCCAGGCUCUGCAGCUCUUCACUGGGCACGUGCAGGGCAUGCUCAAUGAAGCCGAUGUCCCCUACUCGCUUGUCAUCACAGAGCACCAGAACCACGCACGAGAGCUGGUGAAGAAGGCCGACCUGUCACAGUGGGACGCCCUGGUUAUCAUGUCGGGAGACGGGCUGCUCUUUGAGGUGGUUAACGGUCUGAUGGAGCGUGAGGACUGGCAAGAGGCCAUCCAGACCCCUCUGGGGAUUCUGCCGGGUGGCUCCGGCAACGCCCUGGCUGCCUCCGUCCAUCACUACUCUCAGUCACCUCCCGCGUGGAACGAGGAGCUGCUCCUGAGCUGCAGCUUCCUGCUGUGCAAAGGUCAGGUGGGCUCCUUGGACUUGGUGUCGGUCCAGCUGGCCUCCAAGCAGCGCCUCUUCUCCUUCCUGUCGUUGGCCUGGGGCUUUGUGGCCGACGUGGACAUCGAGAGUGAGAAGUACCGGCACGUGGGCGCCGUCCGCUUCCUGAUGGGCACCCUGGUGCGCCUGGCAACGCUGCGCGUCUACCGGGGCAGGUUGGCGUACUUGCCCGUGAUGGAGAGACCGGACCUUCCCUCCAGACCGAAGCCUUACUCGCUGUGCUCCUCCCUCCCCUGCCGGCCGGACCCCGAUUACUCCCCCAGCAGAGCCAACCGAAACUGCGUCAGCAACUCCCCCGCCAAGAGACCCGAAAGCGACGGCAAAACCAGAGCACCGGCAGAUUCUUUACUCCCAGGACUGGACCAGCCGCUCCCAGACAGCUGGACCGUGGUCGAGGAGGAGGACUUUGUCUUGGUGCUGGCCAUCUAUCAGUCUCACCUGGCCGAGGACCUGUGGGCGGUCCCCGGCGCCCUGGCGGACGACGGAGUCAUCCACCUGUUCUACGUGACCGCGGGGAUCUCCCGGCCGGCCCUCCUGCGCCUCUUCCUGGCCAUGGAGAAGGGCGCCCACCUGGCCUGCGGCUGCCCCCACCUGGUCUACCAGAAGGUGCGGGCACUGCGGCUGGAGCCCGUCUCCCGGGAGGGCGUGAUCGCGGUGGACGGCGAGACGGUGCACUACGGGCCGGUCCAGGCUCAGAUCCACCCCGGUCUGGCAAGACUCAUCUCUGGAUGAGGAUUAUGUUAAUCAGCUUUCAGGUUUGGUCUUUUUUACUCACUCUGGAUCCUUUGUGGUUUUUAGACGUGCCAAAGACUUUCAAUCAGCCUCGCACAAUUCCUCUAUUUUUCUACACAAAGCAACUUCUCCUACUUUUUUAAGCCCCGCCCGUCUGGCAUCCCCUUUCUGAACCAGGGUCUAAACCGUGGAUUGUGGACUUGAUGCUGGCUGGUCCCAGCUCAGACGCUCCGGAGAUCCUGGUCAUCGCCACCGGAUACUCGUGUAAAUGUACUACGUAAAAAAAUAUGUUCAUUUACCGUGAAAAACUGAAGGCUCAGUUUGCCAGAAUUUUACCGUAGAAUUUACAAUGUUUUUGUUUUUUUUACACAGAAUUACUGUAAAAUUUAAAAUGGUACCAUUUAUAUUUUCACUGUUAAAUCCUGACGUUUUCUUUUUUUUACCGUAAAAUGAGCGGAUGUUGUUUUUAUUGUAAAAUUCUGACGACUAAGCGGCUAUUUUUUACUCUAAAAUUUACAGUACAUUGCGUUACUGUAAAUGGAAAAACAGUACUGCUCUUAUUUUAUGGUAAAAUUUUGGCGACUUGGCCAACAGUUUUUUAGCGUAAAAUUUACUUCUUUUUUUUUUACAGUGCAUUACUGUAAAUGGAAAAACGGUACUAAUGUUAUUCUUAUGGUAAGAUUUUGGCGACUAAGCUGCUAUUUUUUUUUACUGUAACAUUUACAAUACGGUGCAUUACUGUAAAUGGAAAAACAGUAUUGCUGUUAUUUUUAGAGUAAAAUUCUGGCGACUAAGCCAACAGUAUUUUAGCGUAAAAUUAAAUUGUUUUUAUUUUUACAGUACAUUACUGUAAAUGGAAAAACGGUAUUGCUGUUAUUUUUAUGGUAAAAUUUGGGCGACUGAGCUGCUAUUUUUUAAUGUAAAAUGUACAGUACAGUGCAUUACUGUAAAUGAAGAAACAAUACUACUGUUAUUUUUACGGUAAAAUUUUGGCCACUCUGCUGCUAUUUUUUUAAUGUAAAAUGUACAGUACGGUGCGUUACUGUAUAUGGAAAAACAGCACUGCUGUUAUUUUUACAGUAAAAUUCUGGCGACCGAGUGUAAAAUCUUUAUUUUUUUUAUUUUUACAAUGCAUUACUGUAAAACAAAAAACAGUACUGCUGUUAUUUUUACGGUAAAAUUUUGGCGAUUAACCUGCUAUUUUUUUUUUCACUGUAAAAUUUAUAGUAUGGUGCGUUACUGUAAAUCAUACUUGCCAAC